AUGCCUCAAUCCCUGGCAGACUGGAGAAGUCAGGCUCAGGCCCACACCCAAACAAAAUAUGAACCAUACGACCUCUGGCGUCCUCUCAUCCCCUUCUUCAAAAGUCACGGCCUCACCCUCUGGGAGACGGAUUCUCCUUAUCCUGGCUGGAACUACGCCUUGCUUCAACCCAAAGAUAUCGAAAGGGUGCCCGACGGUUUUUCGUACCUCACGGAAUACUACCCUGAUGGUUCCCCUCCAGGAAUACCAGACCGUUUUCCACACAUUAAUCCUAUCAUAUGUCCUGCACGGACAUCUGAUGGUCGAGAUGUCAUGAUACGACUCGUCUGCAUAAGCGGAGAUCCCAGUCCCUCCGGAGCCCGCCAUCUUUCCAUCUUACGUCAAAUUGCGAAAGGUCAUGUCGCCUGCAUAGGGAAUAACCAUAUCGUUCCUGUCCUUCAGGAAUUGACUGAUACAGAACGCGGACUCACGUUCGUUGUGCAGCCGAAGCUGUACUGGUUGGACACGUUGCCGGACUGGUAUAGUGCGCGUGAGGCUGCCGAUUUCGUCGUGCAGAUAUUCGAGGGCUUGGAGUUCUGCCACAAGCGUCUCAUUGCACAUCUCGAUAUAGGCUACGACAACCUUCUGGUCAACUUCCGCGGCGGUCCUAGAUAUCCACGGUCUGAUAAUCCUUCGGGACAACCGACCUCGACAUUUCGCUCCCAUUUCCCUAUUCGUUACUAUCUCAACGAUUUCGAAAUCGGGCUCUCAUUUGACGAAACCUCCGAUCCAUCGUCUAGGACGAUAAUGGGCUUCCCUCAUACCGUGUCGGGCGGAGGAGGCUCGUACGGGCGAGCUCCGGCCCCAGAGAUGCUGAAACAGGAUGUGCCUCAUUGUCCGUUCCGUCUUGAUGUUUGGCAGGUUGGCAUGAUGAUGAAGAAAAGUAGUCGGUUUGAGGAUAUAGGCGGGCUGCCAGAGUAUCAAGGCUUGUUUGACGAGAUGAUGGCUGAGGACCCGCUCGCUCGGCCUACGAUGAGUGAAGCCUUGCGUAGAGCGCGCGAGCUGAGAUUAACGCUCCCGCAGGUUGUUUAG